AUGACGGAGGUCGGUAGUGAUCCCUUUGUUGAUCCUGUUCACCUCAGUGAAGAUAGGCCUAACGCAGAGGGAUCCACCCUUGCCGUUGGCCGGAACGCCUCAUUGACCCUCGCUACCGAAUCACUCAUCGUUCUUGGAUCCAAGACAACCUUGGUUGUGCCUUUCUUCAACAUCUUGUGGGCUGAAACAUCAGGUCAUUAUGUAACAAUACAAUACGCAAAGCCUACGUCGAAGAAUGUCGUUCGAGUAGUCUCAAUACAUUAUCUUGUUGAUAAGCCCCAAGACGACCAUGUGAUAUCGUGGGUAUCGAGGCUGUUGAAUCGAGCUUAUGGGGUUUCCCAGAAGAACAAGAAAAUCAAAGUACUAGUGAAUCCCUUUGGCGGACAGGGCAAGGCACAAAAGUGGUUUCUACGGGACAUCGAGCCAAUCUUUGCCGCGGCAAAAUGCGAACUCAAUGUCGAAAGGACACUAUACCGAGGGCACGCUGUCGAAAUUGCCGAAAAGCUGGAUGUUGACUCUUUUGAUGUGGUCGCGUGCUGUUCGGGGGAUGGACUUCCCCAUGAGGUUUUCAAUGGACUGGGCAAGAAGUCCGAUGCGUCCCAAGCCUUAUCGACAAUUGCGGUAGUACAACUACCGUGUGGGACGGGCAAUGCCAUGAGUUUGAACCUCUUCGGCACCGACAGCACAAGUGUGGCUGCAUUGUGUGUUGUAAAAGGGAUACGAACACCGUUGGAUCUGACGUCCGUCACACAGGGCGAUACUCGGACGCUUUCAUUCUUGUCUCAGUCGGUUGGCAUUGUUGCCGAGGUAGACUUGGGGACUGAGCAUCUUCGGUGGAUGGGUAGCGCUCGUUUUACAUAUGGAUUCCUCGUACGCAUCAUACGAAAAACCGUCUGGCCCUGCGAAGUGGCAGUCAAGCUGGACAUUGCAACGAAAUCUGAGAUCAAAGCCCAUUAUGGUCGAUUUCUCUCGCAGUCUCCGCUGAGACCUCUUUCGAGGAGUCUAGAUCGAGUCGCAGGGUCUAGUCUACCGCCUCUUCUGCAUGGAGACGUCAAAAGUAGCAUGCCCACAAAUUUUACUCCGAUUCCAGCGCACAAGCUUGGAAAUUUCUAUGCGGGCAACAUGGCCCUCAUGGCACCUGGAGCCAAUUUCUUCCCGGCAGCUCUUCCAUCGGAUGGGUACUUGGAUCUCAUAACGAUAGAUGGCGAUAUCGGUCGGCUAGCAGCUAUUCAAUCCUUUCUAGCUGUCGAGAAUGGCAAAUUUUUUGACAUGCCACAUGUAGGAUAUCGGAAAAUCAGCGGCUAUAGAAUCAAACCGCUGGGAGGUAGCGAAGGUUACAUCAGCAUUGACGGCGAGAGGGUGCCGUUCGAGGAGUUCCAAGCUGAGGUCCAUCGAGGCUUAGGUCGUACCUUGAGCCGGACUGCACGGGGUUAUGAGGUGGACGGCGUACUUCCCAGGCCAGACUUGGUUUAG